AUGUCAGACAGCGAGAAGGCAUCAGUUACAAACUCGACAGGAGAGGUAGCAAAGACACAAGGGUGGGCUGCGUACUUUCGAAUGUUCCAAUAUGCCGACCGACUGAGCAAGUUUCUGUAUGGUAUUGGUGUGCUCUGUAUGGCAACUUCAGGGACAGCCUUGCCUCUACUCGACUUAAUCUUUGGUCAGUUUGUUAACACAUUCAAUGUUAGUAUCGAUGGACCUCUUUCAGAGCACAAAGUGGACUUUGCCCAAGGCAAUAUCACUGUCAGCCACUUUCGUUCUGAGAUUGCCAAAGCUAGUCUGUACCUUGUCUACCUGGCAAUUGCAAAAUUGAUCGUCUUCUAUGUCGGAACAGUGACCAUAUCGUUCGCAGCGAUGCGAACGGUCAGAGCACUGCGUAUCGAUUGUGUCGACAAGACACUGAGGCAAGAGAUUGCCUUCUUCGACAUCGGUGACACCGGUGCCAUCGCUGUGAAGCUCAACACGUUUUCUAGCCAUAUACAACUGGGCAUUGCAGAGAAGUUGGGUCUGGUAGUUCAAGCAAUCGCCGCCCUCAUCACCGCCUUCAUCGUCGCUCUUGCAGUACAGUGGAAGCUUGCUCUUAUCACCAUCUGCAUUAUACCAGCCAUUGUCAUCACAACUGGCAUCGGUGUUGCUAUCGACGCCUCGCAGGAGAACAGAUGUAUGAAGCUGUAUGCCAAGGCAGGUUCUUUUGCCGCGGAGACGUUCUCGAGUAUCCGUGUGGUUCACGCCUACUGGUCUCAGCCAAGAAUGAUCGAGAGGCACAACCAGAUUCUAGAGGACGCCAGAAGAGAAGGUCUGCGAAAGUCUCUAAACUGGGGUUUGCUUUACGCCAACGAAUUUUUCUUUGUCUACGCAGGAUACGGCCUAGCGUUCUGGCAAGGCAUUCAUAUGUAUGCUAACGGCGAGAUCGAAGCCCCUGGAAAGAUCAUAACGGUGAUCUUCGCUGUUCUCGUUGCAGCACAAUCUGUAACUCAAGUGGCCCCUCAGAUGCAAGUUAUUGCCAAAGCAGCCAGUAGCGCCGAAGAGCUCCUCGAAGUGAUCGACAGAAAGUCUCUUCUUGACCCCUUGAACAACAAAGGGGAACGACCCGAGUCAAUCCAAGGAGAAAUAGAGCUUACUGCCAUCAACUUUGCCUAUCCUUCCAGGCCAGACGUUCGAGUUCUUGACAACUUUUCACUCAAAGUCUCCGCAAAAAGCACGAUUGCUCUGGUUGGUGCAUCGGGAUCUGGAAAAUCUACCAUAGUAGGCUUGAUGGAGCGUUGGUAUGAGCCAGAAUCCGGUACCAUCAAAAUCGAUGGCCGAGAUGUGCGUGACCUUGACGUUCAGUGGCUUCGCACCCAAGUCAGGUUUGUCCAACAAGAGCCGGUGCUCUUCAACACGACGAUAUAUCAAAACGUACGACUAGGUCUCGUAGGCGCAGCAGAUCUGCCGGAAAACGAGAUCGAGGCGAGGGUGGUAGAGGCCUGUCGAGAUGCAAACGCAGACAGCUUCAUCAGAAAUCUUCCCGAUGGAUACCAGACUGUUGUCGGCGAAAGAGCCAGUCGACUUUCCGGAGGCCAGAAGCAGCGAAUUGCAAUUGCUCGAAGCAUCAUAUCAAACCCCAGCAUCCUUCUUCUGGACGAGGCUACCAGUGCUCUGGACCCGGAGGCGGAACAUCAAGUUCAAAGUGCACUAGAUCGACUGCAAGGAUCAAGGACCACGGUCGUUAUUGCACAUAAACUCUCAACCGUCAAGAACGCCGACCGGAUUGUGGUCCUGGAUAAAGGUGUCAUCAAGGAGCAAGGCACUCACGCCGAGCUCCUGGAUCAAAAGGGCGCCUAUUAUCGUCUUGUCAUGGCACAAGAUCUCGGAAAUAAUGAUAACAGUGCGAUCGAGAUGUACGAGGCAAUCGCACCGGACUCGCCAGACAAUCGAGGUCUAUCACGCAAAGACUCCCACGGUGUUGGGCAAGAAGUCAGCAAGCCACUGGAGGACGGUGGCCAUACGAUGGGUUACGGUCUGCUGAAAUGUUUCGGCAUCGUUAUUCAAGAACGCCGAGAUUGCUGGGCGAAUCUGUUCAUCAUAGCAAUCGCUUGCGUUGUCGGUGGUCUGACCUAUCCAGCGCUUGCUGUUUUGAUCAGCAGGCUUAUCACAACCUUCCAACUCCAGGGUUCCGAGCUGACGAACCGUGGAGACUUCUACGCCCUUAUGCUGUUCGUUGUCGCGAUCAUCAACGGUAUCCUGUACUUCGUUGCUGGUUAUGUCUCCAACCUAGUCGUACAGGUCAUCUCGAGGCAGUACCGCGAAGACAUGUUCAAGAACACCAUCUACCAAGACAUGGAAUACUUCGACCAGCCUGAGAAUGGCACAGGAGCGAUUGUAUCUCGCUUGUCCCAGGCCCCUUCGAAUCUUCUCGAGCUCAUCGGUAUCACUUCUGCCUUGCUUCUGAUCGUCUUGAUUAUGCUAGUGUCCUCGGCCGUCACAGCCAUCGUCUUUGGAUGGAAGCUAGGACUCGUCGCCGUCUUUACUAUCAUGGUUCCAGUAGUCGGCAUGGGAUACUGCCGUCUCAAGAUGGAGAUCAGACUCGAAGAAGCCACAGAGAGACUCUUCUCGGACAGCGCAGCCACUGCUUCAGAGGCAGUGUCGGCGAUUCGCACUGUGGCUUCGCUCGCCCUGGAGCAAUACGUCAUCAACACCUACCAAUCGCAACUCAAGAACAUCACCAAGAGGUCCAGCAAAAUGCUGCUGACCACAAAUCUGUUCUUCGCUGUGGCGCAGGCCAUCGAGUUUGCUGCUAUGGCACUGGCUCUGUGGUACGGUGCACGCCUGAUAUCUUAUGGUGAAUACAGCACCAACCAAUUCUUCACCGUAUUCAUUGCAGUCGUGUUCGCUGCCGAGGGUUCUGUCCAGUUCAUUGCCUAUAGCACGUCGCUAUCCAAGGCACGCGCUGGUGCAAACGAGAUACUCUGGCUCCGAUCGCAGACGCCACGCAUAGGUAUGCACGAUUAUUGUUCUCAGACGCAUAUCAACGAAAAGGAGCCAGAAAACUCGGCCACAUUCGAACUGGAACAAGUCGGAUUUGCAUACUCCACCAGGCCUGAGAACACCAUCAUCAGGGGCUUGGAUAUUGAGGUCCAUCCUGGAGAAUUCGUUGCUUUUGUCGGUGCCUCGGGAUGUGGCAAGUCGACCGUUGUUUCACUCUUGGAGCGCUUCUACGAGCCAUCUGCUGGAAAAGUCAAGCAUCACGAUAAAGAGCUCAAGAAUUACUGCCCUCGGAAAUACAGAGAUGGCAUUUCAUAUGUGCAACAAGAGCCUAGUCUCUUCGACACCAGUGUUCGCGAAAACAUCCUGCUCGGGUCAAUCGACACAGCCUCGGAAGCCGAAGUCGAAGCCGCAUGUCGUCAAGCCAAUAUCUGGGACUUUGUCUCUUCACUUCCCGAAGGCCUUGAGACUGCUUGCGGAGCAGGGGGUACAGGAUUGUCCGGUGGUCAACGCCAACGCAUCUCAAUUGCCAGAGCGCUUAUCCGGCAACCUCGAGUGCUCUUGCUUGAUGAAGCUACGUCGGCACUAGAUACUGAAUCGGAGAAGUUGGUACAGGCGGCUAUUGCCCAGGCUUCGACUGGUCGCACCACUAUCGCUAUUGCUCAUCGGCUUUCUACCAUCAAAGACGCAGACAGAAUCUUUGUCUUGAAUCAGGGGACCGUGGUGGAACAGGGCACUCAUGUUGAAUUGCUUGAGCGGAGAGGAGUGUACUACAAACUUUGCCAGUCUCAGUCCUUGUAG